CAGUAACUAGAAGUGAUUUUAAUUGAAUUGCAACCAAUAUAUUCUUGUAAUCGUCACGUGAAAUGCGUCAAUGGCCUAAGUUAUUUAUAGUAAACCACUCUUUUUAUUAGACUGCCAAGUAUUUUGACGCAAGAACCUCGUGAAUACCGAUUCAUACUUUUAAUGUUACAUCUCGAUCAUAACAUUCACCGAGAUCAGAACUGAUUCAGUUACUUAAUAUUUGCGCGGUAUGCAUCUUCUCGCGUGAUCGGCUCCGGAAUCUUUGCAGCAAGGUUAACUGUGAAAAACCAGUGAACAAAGAGAGAUACUUCUUCAACAGUGUAAGAAUACCUCAAAGAGAGAACAUGUCAUCUGGUAUGAACGAUGGCCCACGAAACACAGGCACACUUCCAAAAAGCAAUAGGAGAAAUGAUAGAAAUAGGGAACGGUCAGCUGCUAAUCAGUUUGCAAAUCAUUCUGCUUAUCAUGGACAUGCACAACACUCUAACAAUUUGUACCAACUUGACUGGAAACCAGUUAGUGAAAGGAAACAUUUAAGGAUAACAAAGAAUAGUAAUACAAGAUCAAUUCCUUCAAUAUCAUCAACACCUUAUCAAGAUAUACCUGAAUUUGCAUCAUAUACCUGUGGACGACCAUACAAUUACAGUACAGAGGAAUUUACACAUUGGCAAAAAAUGGUUCCCCCUACAGAUUCUCAAACCCAGUCACCUCCACGAUUCGAAGGAAGAAAACCUUCUAAUGUUGAUAGAAUGCCUGAUAGAAGUCAAGUGGAAUCUCGCUUAAAUGAAAUUAGAGACUGCAUCAGGGCUACAUCAACAUUGAUGGAUUCCCUUGUUCAGUCUAAUGAUCCAAGAGCACAGUCUCAGAAUGAGAAAUUGGGUACAAUGUUGGAGGAUCUGUACGACAGUGAAAGAAAAUUAUCCAGACUGUUGGAACAAUAUGAAAAUCAUGGGAUGUUUUGCGAGAAUGGUGAAAAUGGCGAUGAAACCGAUGAAUUAAGUAGAGAAAUGCAAUUACGCAAAGUAGAAGAAUUACAGAGGAAACUUACACACCUGAAGAAACAUCACGCUAGUGUCCUUGGAAUGCAACUUGAAUCUGCAACAGCUAAAUUGGCUCAACUUCAGACAAAGAAAAGACACAUGGACCACAUUAUUGCAGAAUUACAAGCUAUAGAAAUGUCUGAUAGGGGUAGUUGUAGCUCCGAAGGUUCAAGAAAUUGUGUAAGGGAUAAGGCUGCUGAACUAGAAGCCAUGAAAGCACAACUUGCCCAUUUAACAGCGUUAAUGGAUGAAGUUACAAGAGCUCGUGAUUCUGUUGACUCAAAUUCUGAUGCUGAGCCGGAGGUAGACUUAAAUGGUGAUAUUGCAGCUGCUGUAAACUCUAAUGAAGAAGAAAAUGGAACAAAUAUGUCUUUUGAACAUCAGAGUGGUACUGAUGAGAAAAGUGAUGAAAAAUUUAGAAAUACAAAAGUUAGACCAACAGUAGAGGAAAUUCAAGCUUUCACACAAGAGUUGCGAGAACAAUCUGAACAGUUACAAAUUGCUAGGGCAGAAUUACAACGAUUGAAACGACCACCGGCAUCAACAUCAACUACUCAUUCUAACUCUACUUCUACCUUCCCGACAUCAACUCCUCCUCCGUCACUUACGACAUCAAUCAGUUCUGAUAAAAAACUAGACAAUAACAGUAAUCCAGAAGCUCAGCCAAUUCAGGGAAAAGUACGUCAAAUGGAAGACCGUGUACGAAAGGAUUCAUCACAUUCAUCUAGCGUUAAUCGUGAAAUGGGGGAACCAACUGAUUUAAAGAGUCAUAGAAGUUCCAGUUCUCAUGUUAGUCACACAAGUACGCCUGCUAACGUUUGGCCUCCUACGACUGCAAUAGGAGGAUCGAACGAUCAAAGUGUAGACGGCGUAUCAACAGAAAAUUUAAUGGACAUAGGUGCUCAAACAACAGCGAUUGAAAACGGAUUCAAUGGAAAUUGGUGGACAUAUCCACCGCCUCCAUUAAAUGAAGUACAACACGGUUCAUCUGAAUAUUAUCGACAGUUAGUGUUAGGAUCUCAAGCUCAACAGCUUCAAAUGAUGGGUACUACGAUACAACAAUGUUGUCAAUUAUUGUGGUCUCAGCAACGUGAAUUACAAGCCAUGCGCACAGCCAUUACGCAGUUACAAGCACAACUGAGACAAACUCACUUACAACAGCGAAGUAACAACAGUGAAAAUAACGACGAAUAUUCAAAUUUAAGUCGUAACAUUCAUCAUCUCAGUGAAACCUUAGAUUCCACAUUACCACCAAGUUCGUCUCUGCCAAAUUUGGUAUCGUUACCAAACUCUUCUCCUGCAUUAUCUCAUAAUGCUGCACCGACUUCUGUCAACUCUCAACAACAACAGCAACAACAAUUGAAUAAUCAAGUACCACCUGGGAAUAGAGCAAACAACUAUUGGGAUAAUUUCAGAAGUUAUUCCAGACAAAACUUACUCUCGGGAAGUGCGAAAACUGUGACAGAUACUACCUCGGGAGCUAUUGCAAACGCAACAUCCUCUGGAAAUACUAUGUCAACUGUUAAUACCUCUCUUAUGAAGGACAAACGUAAUCGGGAACAAGGAGCUGAUAAUUUACCUUUGCCUUCAUUAAACGUAGCAGAAGCACAAUAUUCUUUGAAUUUGCAACUGCCAUCCAAUUUGCAACAACAAGAGAGGGAAAAUACCGUGACACGUAGCAAUAUUUUAACAAAUGAGGUAUCUCAACAACAGGUUGAUAAUUUUUGGGAGGAAGCACAUUCAUCGUUUCGACUACCACCUGUAAUAAAUGAUGAACACCCCCUUCAAAACUUAAGUCCGGAAAUGAGAGAAGUUCUAAGUUCACUAAUUUUAGUGAAUAAGAGACAGCCCGAUUAUUUAGUCACUGUAUUAAGAGAAAUUAAAAACAUAAGCGAAAAUCAUAGACUACGACCGCGUUUAUUGAGAUCGCUGCGUACUUUGCAGGAUAUGCAACCUCGGAGCAAUCCAUUGAAUGAAGUAACUGAUCAAACUGCUAGUGAAAGUUGUCAAUCUAGCGAUGAAGAUUCUGAAAUAGAUUCAGUGUUGGAUAUUGGUACAGAAAAUCAUUCGUCUAUUGCAGAAUUUAUUAUACCAGGAACUUCCAUGUAUCCUACUGCACACAUGCCACUGAUAGAUCAUUUGGACAUGCCGGAAGCAUCCACACAGGAUUCUGCAUGUGCUCUGCCUUUGAUAUCGGCCAUUAAACCUGGUUAUAAUGAAGAUCUAGCAGAAGCAGAUCAAUCAAGACCUGAAUCUUCCAGUAAUCAACAGCCUUCUAUUAAUGAUGAAGAAAAUGAUGAAGGCCAAGACGAGGCAGCUGGACCAUUACUCCCUUCUCAAGCAAUAUUUUACGAUGAAGUUAACACAGAAUAA